CGAAGCUAGCUUCUUGAAGUUGCCGCGUUCGGAACAGCUCCAUGCGCUGAGCCUAGAAGCUGGGAGCAGGAGAGGAUCCGAACGGGGCCUUAGAUGUGCAAUAAUUAGAGCACAUCUAGACGUGCCCUAUUUAUUUUACAGGUGCGUAAUACGGGUCCACACUUGGUUUUGAGCUGGUAAAAAUACCCCAUGCCAAGCGCGGCCGAAGUUUGUGAUGAUACCCCAUCAACCGCAUCCAAAGGGCUGAGGCCGUUGACUAAAGGAGUCCAGUGCUCCACCACUCCACGAGAGCUGCGGAUAAGAUAAACUUGUAGUCUUGUACGAUGAGCGGCCGCGGUGCCGCCUCCCCGGCGUUGGCCGACGCCUCCGCCAUAUGCGCUCAGAUCGCGGCCGUCUUCGCCGCGCCAUCCGCGCACCCCCCGGCGCGCGCCGUCCUAGUCUCUGAGCUCGCCGCCGCGUCCUCCCGGGGAGGCCGCGUGUUCGUGCACGGCGUCGGGCGCGAGGGCCUCAUGAUGCGCGCCCUCUGCAUGCGCCUGGCGCACCUCGGCCUCACCGCACACUGCGUCGGCGACGUCACGGCGCCGCCCGCCUUAUCGGGAGACCUCCUCGUCGCCUCCGCGGGACCGGGCGCGUUCUCCACCGUCGACGCCAUCUGCGGCGUGGCGCGAGGCGCCGGCGCGCGCGUCGUGCUGCUCACCGCGAGGCCGGAGGGAGAUUUCCCUGGGCGCCAGGCCGACGUGGUGGCCCACCUCCCCGCGCAGACCAUGGCUGACGACGAGGAUGGCGCGGCGGCGCAGGCGAAGCUGCCGAUGGGGAGCCUGUACGAGGGGGCCAUGUUUGUGCUGUUCGAGAUGGUGGUGCUCGAGCUCGCGGGUGUUCUGGGCCAAAGCCCGGCCCAGAUGAGGGCCCGCCACACAAACUUGGAGUAGUCCGAUGCUACAGCUUUUUUUAUUGAAAAAAAUUGUGAAAGAUUGUGACCAACCGAUGCUUUUGAGUCUUCAUGAGUUUGUAUCAUAUAGUUGCUUUUAACUCUAGUCUAGCAACGAUUAUCCUAUGUAUCAAAUUGUGUGCAUCCGAUAGGUGUACGAGCAAUUCCUAUGCACCGUCUGAUGUGUUAGUGAACAACAUAUAAACGGAUUGAUUUGUAGUA